UGUGGCUGAGGGUGAAUGGAGGGAGCUGCCAGGGAACAUCCACCACUGUCUGCACUCGCUGCUCCUCUCCCCAGAACUGACCCCGGGGGUUCCUCACCUGGCACUGUGAGCCCCAGGUUUACCAAGAAUCUCUCCCCGGACAAAAUCAACCUGAGCACAUUGAAGGGUCAGGGGCAGCUCACCAACCUGGAGCUGGAUGAGGAGGUGCUGCAGAAUGUGCUGGAGCUGCCCACCUGGCUGGCCAUCACCCGUGUCUACUGCAACAAGGCCUCCAUCAGGAUCCAGUGGACAAAGCUGAAAACACACCCCAUCUGCCUGUACCUGGACAAGGUGGAGGUGGAGAUGAGGACGUGUGAGGAGCCUCGGCCGCCCAAUGGACAGUCCCCCAUCGCUCUGGCUGCUGGCCAAAGUGAAUAUGGCUUUGCUGAGAAGGUCGUGGAGGGGAUGUUUAUUGUCGUCAAUUCCAUCACCAUCAAGAUUCACUCCAAGGCCUUUCACGCUUCUUUUGAGCUCUGGCAGCUCCAAGGCUACAGCGUCAACCCCAACUGGCAGCAGAGCGACCUGCGCCUGACCCGCAUCACUGACCCACAGAGGGGAGAGGUUCUGACGUUCAAAGAGCUCACCUGGCAGACACUGAGGAUAGAAGCAGAUGCCACAGACAAUGGUGACCAGGAUCCUGUCACCACUCCUCUGAGACUCAUCACCAACCAGGGGAGGAUCCAGAUCUCUCUCAAGAGAAGGACCAAAGAUUGCAACGUGGUGGCCUCCAAGCUGAUGUUUCUCCUGGAUGACCUGCUGUGGGUGCUGACAGACUCCCAGCUGAAGGCAAUGAUGAAAUAUGCUGAGUCCCUGAGCGAGGCCAUGGAGAAAUCUGCUCAGCAGAGGAAAAGCUUGGCUCCAGAGUCUGUGCAGGUGACCCCACCCCCUCCCAGUGCCCAGCAGUCCUGGGCCCAGCCCUUUGGGGGCAGCCCCAGCCCCAGCAGCAUCGGGCAGUACUUUGACAAGCACGACAUGAAGGAGUCCUCGUACCACCUGCUCAUCUCCCGCCUGGACCUGCACAUCUGCGACGACAGCCACGCCCGGGAGGCAGGUGCUGUGAAGCAUGGGAUGCUGGGAGGUGCCAUCCAGCUGACCUUCAGGAGGAUGGCUUUUGACUAUUAUCCUUUCCACAGGGCAGGAGAUGCCUGCAAGCACUGGGUGAGGUACAGUGAAGCAAUGGAGACACGGGGACAGUGGGCAAGGAAGUUGGUCAGUGAAUUUCAAAGCAAGAUUGAGAAGCUUUAUGAAGAAAUGGACCCACUUUCCCCCUUCAAAAAGAAACCAGAUGCCCCCCCGAGCCCCCAGAGGAGCCCCCCGGAGAAGGUCCGAGCCCCUCCCCGGAGCCUGCCCCGGCUGCGGCAGCCGCCCUGGCACCGCCUGCGCUCCAGCUGCGUCCUGCUGCGCGUGGACGACCUGGACGUGCACCAGGUUUCUACAGCUGGGCAACAAAGUAAGAAACCCUCCACCUUGGUUUCAUGUAGUAGAAAAUUCUUCAAACUCCCUGACCAGGUCUCUGCAAUCCAUAUUGAAUUCACGGAGUAUUACUUCCCAGACAAUCAGGACUUUCCAGUUCCGUGCCCAAACCUGUACGUGCAGCUGAACGGCCUCAUUCUCACCCUGGACACAGCGAGUGUGCUCUGGAUCAACCUCUUCUGCCUGGAUCUCUAUCGCAGCUUGGAGCAGUUCAAGGCCAUCUACAAGCUGGAGGACUCAGGGAAGCGUGAUGAGCACGUGGAUGUCCGGCUGGACGGCUGCCACCUGAAGCUCAACAUCCCCGUGGAUAAGAAGGUCACGGAGCACCGGGAUCGCCCGCAGUCCCUCUGCAUUGGCACGUCCCAGGUGACGGCCACCAACACCCGGCACGGCCCCUCCUGCAGCUGCCAGGACCUGCAGAGCCUCUUCCGGAGCUUCGCGGGCUCCGAGUUCUUCCACUCCGGCUACGCCGAGUUCCCCCGGGCCCAGGGCAGCUUCAGCCUCCUGCACACCCUGUUCCUGCGCCACGCCUACCAGGUGGAGGACAGGCCUCAGAAGCACCCGGGCCUGCCCCAGCUGCUCCACAAAACCUCUGCCUCUGAGGAUCUGUGGUCUGUGAACUUCACUGAGCUCGCCCUGGGCUUCGAGGGGGCUGAAAGCUCCAAGGGCAGAGCCCUCAGCUUUAUUGACCCUUUUCCCCUUUCCGUUUGGGCCUGCCUGCCCAAGAGGUGGAGGCAAGCUCAGAUAUCUAAACGACAGGAACUGGCUGCCUCUGAGGUGAAAAUCAAGCCUUCUGCCAGCUUUAGCAACCACUCAAAGAACGAGAACCUUUCCAGAGAACACGGCAUUUGUCAAAGAUCAAAGACUGACCAGGAUCUGAAGAACAUCUACAAGGCCCCAGAGACAAUGGAUGUCUUGGGAGAAUCCAACUGUGAAGUUGAUGAUGGAGUAGACAGUGAAGAGCUGGAAGCCUCUGCUGAUAUCCAUGUGCUCAUGUCCUCAUCUGUUCACGUCAAAGUUCGGCUCAACCACUACCAGUACUUGGUGCUGCUCAGGAUGAAGGAAGUUCUGCAAACACUCCAGGAGCAGCUGGCCCAAGAUACCCAGGAAGUGACUGGGUGUCCUUUAGAUCCCAUGUCUGCCUGUGUGGGAGUUAUGUUCCCCAGUGCUGAGGUGGCCCUGCUCAUGAACCCUCCUCCGGGGUCUGUCCUGGAAGGCAGAUCCCUUGACUCGGACACAACCAGCCUGAUCGAGUCUGAGCUCUCGCCUUCAGACAGCAAGGAGGGGCUGGUGGCCGAAGAGAAGGAGCUGAAAUCAGAGAGCAGCUCAGAGAAGGGAGUGUGCAGCUCCUCGGAGCUCCCAGAGGACAGUGGGGUCGGGAGCACCAGUGCCAGUGUCCUGCCAGAGUCACUCCCCAGGGCUGCGAGUGACGGGGCUCUGAGCGCAGCUCCACGUGGUAAGGACACAGAGGAGAAGGGCUUGAUAGAGGAAGCACAUGAAGCUGUGGAAGCCCUGGUAGCAGAAAGACCAGCAGAGACCAGCAGCCAACCUCAGAGCCCCCCUGCUCUCCCUUCCAGCCCCACCUCGGACGCGCAGCCCUCGGGCAGCGGAGCCGCCGCCCUCGAUGUCCAGGCAGAGCUCAUCCCACUGAGGAACAUCGAGGUGGAGCUCUCCAGUGCUCUGCACAUCACCAAGGACGCCACCAAGGAGGCUCUGCACGUGACCAUGGACCUCACCAAGGAGGCCAUGUCCCUCACCAAGGACGCUCUGAGCCUGAGCCGGGACAGGAUGACCUCCACCGUGCAGAGGAUGCUCUCCCUGCCCCCGGCCAGGGAUUCUGUGCCCAAAGCAGAGGAGGGAGCAGUGACCCCGGGGGGGGGCCGGAUGCGUUUCUUCUCCAUGAAGAGAACCCCGUCCCAGCACUCGUUUGACGCCACGUCCGUGGACGGGAGCGGCCCCGAGGACGGGCUGUCCCUGGACAGCGACGGCAGCGACGGCUUCGUGCUGCUCACAGACUCUGAACCCAGCCUGGACCCUCUUUCCUCGAGGCAGCUUCCUCAGGCCCACGGUGACUCAGGCAGCAGGACGAGCCUGGUGGCCGAGGAUGAGGGAGGAUUGUCCCCCGAGGUGAACAGCUCCACGUCCCAGAGUGAAGACCCCAGCCUGCAGCUGGUGUCUGUCCUCGUGUUGAAGAUGAAUGAGGUGAACUGUGGCAUCGAGGCACGAGGGGAUGAUUUGUCUGUGGCUGUACAAGUGAUGAAGGUGGUUCCAGAGCAGCUGAACAACGUGGGGAUGUGGCAGUAUCUGCGUGGCUACGUGGCUGUAGGAGCCCCGGGAGUGGAGGAGGAUCCUGCAGAGCCCAGCCCUGCCCAGCCCGAGCUGUGCCUGCGCCUGGACGGGGGUCCCACCGAGCCCAACGGGCUCCUGCGGCUGCUGCUGCGGGGCUGCCACACACAGCUCUGCAUGUCCUCCCUCACCAGCCUGGGCCCCUUCCUCGAGGAUGAGAUCAUUCCAGAGGUGAUGCCCAUGGAGAUAGAGGUGGUGGAUGCCAAAAUCACCAUGCAGGAUGACAGCCCCCGGGUGUACCCCACCUCCCCGGGCCCUGUCCCCAUCACCCUGGCCAUGGAUCACGUUGUUGUGAGGCGCAGGGACGACGGUGUGUUCUAUCUCACAGCUCCCCAGGGGAAGGACUCACUGAAAGAGGAAAAACCUGUGUCAGUUCCUGAGGGGCAAAAGGCUCCAGCAGAGUCUGUCUUGGCAGCCCCAGCAGCAGGAGCACAAGGGCUGCAGCUAAAGCAAGUGCCAGAGUUGCAAAGGGAGCUGCAGACCAUGAAACUGGCCCUUGCAGAAGCCAACAUGGACAAGGCUCAUCUUCUGCAGGAGAUCAGGAAAUACAACCCCCUGUUCCAGCUCUGACAGUGCUGGCACUGCCAGGGACCAGCACCAGCACCACCAGGGCAGGUGCUGUUGGAACAGACUCCUGGGAACUGCCCAGAGCCUCCGAGCAGAAGUUGGACUUUGCCAAACCUUUGUGCUGCUCCCUCUCCCCUGGGGAGCAGGAGCUUCGAGACUGCUUGCCUGAGGUGGAAUGCAAUGGUGUUCCUGCUUUUUCUUCGCUAAUUGCUUGAAAAUGGAAGGUUUCUCUUCUGCUCUUUCAAAUUUUCAUGAUGUUUUGUUUGGGUGGGGAGUGAGUGGGGUGCAAAGGGUUUGCUCUGCCUUGGUGCCCACCUGCAGGGUCCCACAGCUCCUCCCACGUGUGCAGGCUGAGCACAGCUGGGGCCAAGUUGUUUACAGCAAAUUUCUUGCUCCAGCAACUCCAGUCAAUGGGUUUUGUUGAAGAAUUCAAGCGUUUCCUUUGAAGUCCCAGUAAAAAAGACUGUAACCCAAAACCCACGGGCGUGGGAGGACAAAACCUCCGGGAUCUCCGUGGAUCACAAGUAGCAAAGUUUACUUUGUGGAGCCCCUUAUUUAAGGACUGUCCCCUCUGUUGUGGUGGGAGCCCACGGAAUCCUGCCCACCACAGGUGCUGUGGGAGAGCCCGUGCCCUCAGCACCUCUCUGGGGCAGGAGCAGCUCCCGGGGCCUGGGGCGAAUGUGCGAGUCUGAACUUGAAUUUGAGUUUUAGCCAGUAUUGGAACUUUGUUGCAGUUUGUUUCCACUGAUGCAUUUAUUGGUUCUAUGAACCAGGAGCAAAAUUAAACUCCUUAACCUCC